AUUUCGAUUUUUCGGCUUUGUUUUGGUUUGUGGUGGUUGGUUUUUAGGAUAUUAUGCUGUCUAGAAGAGGAAUCAGCUAAAAAUGCCUCAAUUAAAGAGAUUUGCUGGUUCUCCGGUGUUCGGGAGGAUAAAAGAUGGAGGAAGGCACACCGUGCAUCGCCCCACGGUACAACAAAUUCGCCAUAAUCAAUCGCAAACGCGCCACGCUUUGAUCGAUCUGCGAAGAAAGGCCAUCCCGGUCGAUCGGCAGCGUCAGGUUUUGUACGAGUUGGUGGAAAAGUUUGAAAAGUACCCGCAGGAGAAAGCGUUCGCUAUCGAGGAGGGUGCGAUCGAGCUGCUGAGGGAGUUGCAGUAUGCUCCUGAUCCGGCCAUAACCGAACACGCGAAGCUUGGUCUCGCUCUGCUGGGUUACGUUCCACCGUUAUCCAGCAAUGGUAUCCGUAUUCUCAGCAUAGACGGAGGAGGAAUCCGCGGUAUCAUCGUGAUGGAGUUGCUGCGCAAAUUGGAACGGUUAACGAAUCGGCGGAUCUUCGAUCUGUUCGAUCUAGUUUGCGGCGUUUCGACCGGUGCCAUACUGGUGUGUGCGCUCGCUUCGGAGAAAAAUCUCACCUUGACCGAGGGCAUUCAUCUAUAUAAGAAGCUGGCUUAUAACAUCUUCCAUCGACCGUCGACGCUAGAUAAACUGUCUGGUGCCUCCCGUCUCGUUUCUUCCCAUGCUUACUACGAUAUUGACCUGUGGGAGACGUUUCUCAAACGGCACAUCGGCCACAGACGCAUCAUUGACACGGUGAUGCUACCAAAUGUGCCCAAGUUUUGCUGCGUCUCGACGACGGUUUGCGAUGAGUACAUCGAUGCGCACGUGUUCCGGAACUACACCUUUCCGCGUAAUGUACAGUCCGUUUACGCUGGAUGUCAUACGGCUCGAUUGUGGGAGGUUGUGCGCGCAUCCUCGGCUGCUCCGGCAUACUUUGGAGAUUUCCCUUUAAAUGGCCAACUGCAUCAGGAUGGAGGCAUUCUGUACAACAAUCCGACAACCGUGGCCAUACACGAGGCCAAAUGUCUGUGGCCAAAUGAGCGCAUUCAAUGCGUAGUAUCCUUCGGUACGGGGCGUACCCGCAGUAAGUCAAACGAUGGCCAAAAGAUCAUUAGUAAGGGUAUCCUGGACCAGGCGUCGCUAUCGAGCUCGUGGAAAACGAAAUUCCUCCGCAUCCUAGAUUCGGCCACUGACACCGAAGCAACGCACACGGUUUUGAGUGAUUUGCUACCACCUGGCCGGUACUUUCGUUUCAAUCCGUACCUUACUGAGUUUCUGUCUAUGGUGGAGGUACGUCCGGAGAAGAUCUCUCAGCUAGAACAUGACACGGCCAAUUACUAUGCUAGAAACGAGGAUAAGUUUGAGCAGGUGGCUGAUUUGCUUACACAAAAUAGAUCGAUCGUACGCAAGGCCUACGAUAUAGUGCGAAACGUUCUGAAUCGAUGAUUCGUGGACGGAGCGCAGGUUCAAAGAAAUAUUCCAAAGAGUUUCACACGUUAGUUUUACCACCAUUAACGGGUUCUGAUCAAUCGAGGAUUGGUCAAUUCGAUUACAGUUAGUCAAAGAAGCUUAGCUUUUGAAUCACCCUGAUUGUCUGUCCGCUUCUCUGUGUUACUUUUUGGGUGGAUUAAUGUUCUAUUUCUGAUCUGUUUAUACAUCUCAACUGCAUACCUUAUUACGGGUAAUCGUCUAUGUUAAUAUGUUGUAUGCGUUUCUCUUUGAAAACUCAUUUUAAAAUUUAAAUAAGAAUAUUAAGAAUUUAUAGAACGAGGAAGGCUUAUGAUUGCGCCAAUAGUGUUUGUGAACUCAGUUAAAUCAUGAGAUUGUUUUAUGAUUACGUGAACGAUUUAGACGUUAAAAAGGAGUAUAAGAAAAUAUAUGCGAUACCUGA